AUGACCGAAAACAAAAAAAUAAAUAAUAUUAUGGAAUCAAAAAUUACUCCUUAUCUCGGUGCUGAGUGCAAUCUUUGUUUAGAAAAGUGUUUUGGAGGUGCAGUGGAUAAAGAAAAUAAAUUACACUCAGAGGAAGAAUUAGCACAAAAAGAAUGUGAUUUUCAGAAACCAAAUUGUUCUAAAAAGGGAGAUUUGGAAUGGUUUUGCCUUCCUUAUUUUAAAAAUGAUACUGCCAUUUGUAAGAAUUGUGAGAAAUAUCUUGCGGAUAAAUUAAGCAAGAUGUCUUCAGAGAUACAAAAAAUAGAGUAUUUGUUUCAGCAACUGCCUAGCCGAUUUAGGACAGAGAUAGAUAUGGAUAAGAUUAUCGAGGAAGUUUGUCAAGAAAACUCGUUAACUUGUGUUUCGAAAGAAAAAAGUAUUGAUAAUCAUGCUUAUGAAAUUAAUAACAAUAUAGAAUACUCUCCCUAUGGUUCCAAAAUUAAGGGUAGUUUCUUUAAUGAAAAAAGAUUUAGGGAAGUGUAUGAAGAAAUCAAAAACUCUCCUUGCUUCUACCAGCAAGCACCAUUUUUAACGAUUGCUGAGGAUUUGCUGAAACUGAUAAGGGAGGGCAAGGUAGAAGAGUUAAUAUUCUUAUCUGCUUACGAUAAGAGUAAAUUUCCAAAGGGAGAUGAUAGAAAAUAUGAGAUAUUUAGAGACACAUUCGGAAUAACACUUCAAAGAAAAUAUCCUUGUAAUAUUAAGUUAAAGUUAAUAGAAAAUGCCUCUGAUUUUGAUAUUGUAAUUGAUGAUAAUCCUAAUAUUUGUAGGAGUUUAGUGGAAAGUAAUGGGGUUAUUAAACCUUGUUAUGAUUGUGCUGAAAAAUACAAAAGGUAUAACGAUAUUAAUUGUAAAAGUUGUGAGAAAAUGAAAUUAGUUGUCCUUACUCCCUAUUAUCCAGCAGUAGAAAAUCAGCACCAUUCAGAAGUAUUGUUGAUUAAAAAUGAACAUUAUCAAUAUGUUCUCAACCUAAUUCACAAUGAAAAACCUAAUAUUGUUCUAAUAGAAACUGCCUAUUACGAAACAAAUGGCGGAAAUAAAGAUAUAAUGGACUUGGAAAAGCUAGUGGGAGCGUUAGAAU